AUGGCAGAUCUAGUCCGCGACCACGACAUCGUCCUCACCGACAGCGAUUAUUACACCGCCAACGAAGUCGACGACAGUAUACCAUCCAGUGACAGUUCAGACGAGGAGACAGUCCGCGAGCCAAAUCGUCUUACGGGCCACAUCCCGAUCCAGCCCCAGCCGACCGAGAUGCCUUCGCGUGGCGGAUCCAAGCCUCGGAUGUGUGUCGUGUGCGGCGUUCGUCCGCAGUACAACAACGGUGUCAAGUCCUAUCCGACCUGCGGUCUAUCUUGCGCAGCUAAGCUAGACAGGAGCAGGAGUGGGAAAGGAAGCGGUUCAGACAACUUGUGUGUUGUAUGCCAUACCCGUCCGAAGUAUUCCAGGGGCGGGAAGUCCUACCCAACGUGUGGACUGACCUGCGCUGCCAAGUUGAAUCCGCCGAACCCCCGCGGCGGCACAGCCGAGAUUACUGUCAUAAAAGACCCAAAUUCUUCGACGGCCACAAACUUUACCCGCAAUGCGGGCGGACGUGCCGAGACAGAGCGCGCGCGGCACGCUCGCGCUCCGGCAACAACAAUCGUAGCAAUAAUCCAGGUGCUUCAAUGCCGGUUCCGGGAAACAACUCCUCGUGUCUUAUGUGCUGGAAGGCGCCGAGGCGGGGGAGCUCCCAUUUUUGCGGGCGCAGCUGUGCUAAUGCGGCCGAACACCGCGCGCCGUUGCUCCUGGAAGCUCCCUGCGGACAUAUUACGUUCCAAGAGGAACUCGUGGAAGAGCGGAGGCACGCCGUGCCCCGAAGUGAAGAAGGUGUACAAGAUUGUGCAGAGGCCGAUGUAUGCCACGAAUUACAAGACUUAUCAACAUCUACCGAUUGUCAGAUCGCGAGUAGGGAACGAGCUCCGCCGGUGGCACGGUACGAAGCGUGAGUGUACUAUUGGCAACGGCGGUAACGCCACUCCGUGCACGUCGCGCACCUGCUCCUUGUGCUACAUCCUGCGUUCCACGGUCGACGCCGCGCAGUACCCAGGGGGAUUGAUCCACUCGUCGUCCACGUCAGACAAAUCGGACCAAUACUCGGACAGUCCGAACCAAUACCCCUCCAAGGCUAUGCUUCUGACCAAGGUCGCGGCGGGGAAAUCGGCACAGUUGAGCCGUAGUCAGCUUUCGCAGGGUGUUCCUGCUGGAUACAAUUCCGUAGGCACCCGGUUUCGCUAG